AUGGCAGUUUAUUUCUCGGACGUGGAUAUAAAGCGAGGAUCUAUCACGGAGCGGUCGGACGUUACACUGUCGUGGCUCGAAGGAUCACGCUACGAAGUGUCGGUAUGUAGAGAGGAGAGGGUACCGGUAUCGUCAUUUUGCGACUCGAAAUCAAGUGUGGAGCUUGAUGAUAGUUACGAACAGUUGGUGCAGAGUGUGAUCAUAGUGAUGUCUGCAAUGACAAAGCGAUAUGAGCAGGCCACAGCAUUCCCGCUUGUAUUUGUUUCUCUCUCAUGCACUUGUAGUGCUGAGCUACUCGUACCCAUGUAUGUAUCGUCAUUUUGA